AUGUCAGCCCAGAUCGACAACCUCAAGACAUACGACCCCUUCGCGGAGGCCGAUGAGGAUACUGGAGAGACUAAGCAGUCUCAGAACUACAUUCAUAUCCGCAUUCAGCAACGCAAUGGUCGUAAGACCUUGACGACGGUGCAGGGUUUGCCAAAGAAGUUCGACCAGAAGAAGAUCCUCAAGGUGAUCAAGAAGAAGUUCGCCUGCAAUGGCACCAUCGUCAACGACACCGAGAUGGGCGAGGUGAUCCAGCUUCAGGGCGAUCAGCGCAAGGAUGUGCAGGAGUUCUUGACCGACAAGAAGGAAGGCCUCGAGCUGGAUGCCAAGACUAUCAAAGUCCACGGUUUCUAG